CCCACGCACAGGCCAGGAUCGCGCGGUCUACGAUCAAAAUAUCGGGUAUGUGCACCAUGGGAGUAACAAUACUCGCGGCUCAGCUCCUUGUACUAUUCAAUCAACGCAUUUCAUCGAACCUGUGUCUUUUCGAGAUAGAACCACCACCACCUGUGCACACAGGAGAUGGCUUUGGUCCACCUGUUAACCCAACGCCCGCCCGUGGGCAAGCCCUCGUGUUCAAACGCUGUGUCUAUAUCCGCGGAGCGUGUGUGCUUUUUCCUUCACCCAAGGUAGACGUGUUACGGAGCAGCAUCGGAUCCGCGUGCACCAAUUGAUCUUGGAACUAGAGGAAAAUCAGGCUGGAUCGGUUCCACCCGCAGUAUCAGAUCAUUUAUUUGUUCCUUUGUCGAAUUCACAUCAGUUUACACUCAUUUUACCUGGUUACUGUAUUAACAGUAAACUCUGUUCCGGCAACGUUCGAUGCUGUAGUUGCUUGGACCACAAAUUUAGCGUCUUUCAGAGCGGUAUCUGCUGUGGAACUUGCCUACCAC